AUGUCAUUGACAGAACAGCUUUCCCAGAUCUCGGCUAAUAAUUCUACUGUUGCUUUGGAUAGAAAGCGCAGACAAAAGCUACACUCGGCGUCUUUAAUCUAUAAUCCGAAGACAGCUGCGACUCAGGACUAUGAUCUGAUUUAUGAAAAUGCAGUGGAGGCAUUACAAGAAUUGGUAGAGAUUGAUGGUAGGUUUGAUCAGUUUAAUAGGUCUCUGUUCGGGGCCUCUUCCGUUUCUAUUGAUAGAAAUGUGCAAACCAAAGACCAGGUCAAAAAUCUAGACACUGCUGUUAACCAGUAUCUGAUGCUAGCAUCCUCGAAAUGGCACUUGACUCCGACUUUGCAUGCGACAGAGUGGCUGGUUCGCCGCUUUCAGAUCCAUGUGCACAAUGCCGAAUGUCUUCUUCUCUCAACGAUAAACUAUUUUCAAAGUCCGAUAUUCCGGAGGAUCUUGAACAUAGUAAAGAUCCCCCCACUAUUCAACCCCUUGUCGAAUUUUGUGAGGUCAGAACAAAUGCCUUCUAACUUGACAAUUGUCAAAAUGUUCGAUGAUCAAGAUUUUUUGAAGCUCUACACUCAGCACUUGAGCAAGACUAUCAAGAGAAAAGUAACCUACACCAGCCAACUACUCUUCGCUAGUUGUUCCAUUGUGAACCUCAUUGCGUUCAAUUCAACCAACCAAUCCAAACUUGAAGCUUUAGUUCCUACUCUACUUGAAUUGUCAGCCAAGCUUCUCACGUCUGAAUUGGCGGAAGCACAGGUUGCAGCUCACACAAUAUUGGUCGUUUUUGCGACAGCUUUCCCCUUGAAUAAAAGCAUUAUUGUAGCUGCUGAAGAGACGAUUUUAGCCGGUCUAGCGAAAGAUGGAGCUAAAAGAUCAGCUUUGAUAACCAUUUGCAAGCUGCAUCAAAGUUUGAAAGGACAAGGAAACGUUGAUCAGCUCUCUUUGGCGCUUUACAAAAGUUUUUCGGCUCAAUUUAGCUUUCCCAAUGUGUUAGCAUUCUUGGAGAAGCAAGAGAAAAAUUAUUUCGACAAAUUCUUUACUUCUUACAUUAGAGCUAUUGUGAGAUAUGAUCAUGACAGGCUUCCAUUGCUAGUGGAGCUACUGAUAAAAACUAAAUUUGAGAAAUAUGAGCUCAGAUUUAUCAUAGUUGAUUUGAUAAAUCUGUCAGAAGUCUUAGAAAAUAAAUCCCAACUUGGAGCGCUCUUCGAGUUGCUAAUUGGCAUUGAUGAAGAGCUUGUUCUCGAAUGUUUGAAAAAUUUGAACAUCAACUCAGAAGUUUUUGAGCUCAGAUUAACGAGAUCGUUGUUCCAGAGUACCGGGGCUGAGGCCGAAGAUGAUGAUAUUCAAAUUAGUCGUGACGCAUCAAAAGUUUCGGGCUUAUCAAAACCCGAAGAGCCUUUCAAAGACUUUUUGAAUCGAAACUCGCAGUGGAUUUUGACGAAAAGCACUUCAGUUCUUACAGAAAAUGACGAAAAAUUCGGGAAACUACUCUCCCUUUUCGUUGAAAGUCUCAAUAGAAAUUAUCAGCCAGGCCUCUUCUUGUCGACCUUCUUUACCACGAUUGAGAGCAGAUUAUCGUUCUUGUUGAGGGUCAUAGUUUCGCCUGCGUCGCCCAGUGCGUUAAAGCUGAUUUCGUUGUCAAACAUUUCAAAGUUGCUGAAUCAAAUAGACUCAGAGUCAAACGUUUUCACAAUCGUGCCACUUUUGAUGGCCGCGCUAUGUGACGCAACCAAAACCCUUCGCGCAGGAAUAAGCAAGUUGAUGCUACAAAUUUCAAAACGCCCUACAACAAAACAUUACUUCUACGUUAAUCAGAUUUAUGGUGAGCGUGAAGUGCCUAUGCUUGCUCCAAAAGAAGGUUCUAUUUGGCUAAAUAAUUUUCUCGAAAAUUUCGCAAUCGAAAACAUUGACGCAGGCAGCUUGAUAAUACCCAAAAAGCAUGAGAAGGCGUUUCUACUUUUCUGGGCUAAUCAAGCACUCCAUGUUCCUCUCCCAUCGGUGAAGAUGAGAAUUUUGAACUGGGUAACCAAGCAUCACUCGUAUUCCUCCGCGUACUCUAUCAUCUUUUUACCACUGGUCGGCAAAUACUUGAAAGAGAGGCAGGAAUGGGAAGACAAAUGUCUAAGCAACAAGACUAAUUUUGAAGAAUAUGAAAGGUCAAUAGUGGCGAUUAUUGCUGGAAAAGAAAAGAAUGGUGAGCUUAUAGAGUUUGCGCUGUCUGCGUUAAAAUCCAACUUCCAACAGUUAGCCACAUUAAUGAGUAUUAGGCUACAAAAAGUAUUCUCUACACUCAAAACGGCACAGCAGCAAGAUAUUGUUAAAAGCAUUGUUGAAUCUACCGCAGAACAGGAACUGUACUAUGAUUCCGUCGGAUUACUGCAGUCUUUACCAAUCAAUGCCUCAAUUUUUGCAACAAUUCUUAAAAGUUUGAGAAUAAAUACCGAUGACAGUCAGGAUGAUUUUGUAAAGCGGAGGAGAAGGUCUUCUACAGCGAACAAGGCAGCACUACAAAAGGAAGAAAUUUCACAUAUGGCUGAGAUUCAUUUGCGAAAGUUGACCAUUGUUUUGGAGGCGUUAGACAGUGCCAAAGACGUUGGGUCACCUGGUUUGUUAUCAGCUCUUUUUGGUAUAAUCGCGGAUCUUGAGACGCUAGCUCUAGACGGCGGUCUGCCUGUUUUAUAUGCACAGGAAUCUUUGGCUUCUUGUAUGAUGUCCACGAUUGACGUUCUGAAGAAAAAUGAGGUCACCGAUACGUCUUCCAUUAGAGCCGAUGCAUUGAUAGCUGCUAUAACGAGUUCUCAAUCCCCCCAAGUUCAGAACAAAUUGCUCUUGGUAGUGGCGUCUUUGGCUGGACUUAACUCCGAAAUCGUAUUGCAUUCAGUCAUGCCAAUCUUCAUAUUUAUGGGUGCUCACACAAUUCGUCAAGAUGAUGAAUUUUCUACUUUUGUUGUCGACAAGACAAUCAAAACCGUCAUACCAUCUCUUGUAGAGUCAGGUUCAAAUAACAAGGAGGAGGAGGUGGAGUUUUUGUUGAUGAGUUUCGCAACUGCUUUUCCACAUGUCCCGAAGCACAGGAGAGUUAAGUUAUACAGCACACUUAUCGAGACCUUGAGUACCGACAAGUCAUUGGGGCCGUUUAUAUUUUUGAUGGCUCAGCAGUAUGCUCAACAUAUAACGAAAUUCAAGGUUAGUGAGGCCAAGGCAGUCGUUGAAUUUAUGGUCUCCCUCCUCACAAAAAUGAAUGCUGCUGAUCAACUUCUGGGAUUUGACAUGUUCUUGCAAUUAAUGAAAGUAAUUUCUCCAGAUUUGCCCGUCGAUGAGAAGGAAGGUUUGGAAUCGAAAACCUUGUUUUCGAAUGGCAUUUUGAACUCGACCAUUGUUGAGAUGGUUGGCAUGAAGAAUCAUUUUUUGGAGUUUCUGAAUAAAAUCUUGAAUGAUCAAAGUUUGAGUAGAACUGGAGAUCUCAAGAUAAAGGUUUUACAAAGCUUAUGGGACUCAGAGUCGACAUCUGGUAUUAACGAAAACAUGAAAUCUUUAUUCGGUUUUCUUCUAGAGCAUACAUUAGAGAUGAUAGACAGCAUGGAAAAUUACAACCUUGGAGAAUAUUCUCCAGACACCAAGGAGUUGGCAGACGAGAUGAGUGAGCAAUCUUACAUCUUUUUGAGAAAAAUACUUGAUUUACUUCCAAUUGACGACUUUGUAGACGCUGUCUUACCUCUUAUGCGUCAAAGCAACCGAGAGAACCUCAGACAUCAUGUUACUAUCUCAGUCGCAUCCAAAUUUGACUUAGAGGUAGCGGAAUCCGCAUCAAGUGCCUCUAAAAUCGCUACUGCUUUGAUUGACACUGCAACUGAUGCAGAAGAGACUGUCAUUAUAAUUCAAGUGUCUUUGAAUACUUUAGGAGCACUCGUUACAAAGUUUGGCCAAAACCUCGAACAUGAACUUUUGAUGAGAGCAAUGACAACUGCAUGUGAUGUUUUGCUUCGCAGUGAAAGUGACCUGAAAAUCGCUGCCUUAACUGUCAUCACAAGCGUCAUUCAAACCGUCGGGAUCAAGUCAAUUGCUCUUUAUCCAAGAAUUGUCCCACCCAGCAUCAAGAUUUUUGCAGAAAUUGAAGAAAAUGAUUGUCUGAGGGAACAGUUGCAAUUGGCUAUUUUACUAAUGUUUUCUUCAAUGAUUAAACGGAUGCCCGGCUUUCUUUUAUCCCAUCUCGCUGAAAUUUUAAAGAUCAUACUAUCCGCGGAACAGGUUGAGGAAUCUAUCAGACUCUCUAUUUUGGCUUUGAUGGUCAGUCAUAUUGAGGUAAGAGACAUUUUGCGGACGCUCAGCAAAGUUUGGAGCGGCGACAUAAAAAAUUCAAGCGAUUCAAUCGCCGUUUCAUUGUUUUUGAGUUGCUUGGAAUCUGUUGUUGAUGUCAUCGACAAGAAGUCCGCUGCAAUUGAGUCGCCAGUAUUUUUCAGGCUUUUGCUAUCAUUCUUUGAAUACCGGACCAUCAGCAAGUUUGAUACAAAUACUGUUAACCGCAUUGAGGCCUCCGCUCAUAAAGUUGCCAAUUCCUACGUUCUAAAGCUCAACGACAAAGUCUUUAGACCACUAUUUGCUUUGACCGUCAGAUGGGCUUUCGAUGGGGAGGGCGUUCAAAGCUUUGGAGUUACACGAGUGGAAAGAUUGACAGCUUUUUUCAGGUUCUUUAAUAAACUUCAAGAGAAUUUGAAGUCUAUUAUUACAUCAUACUUCACUUAUCUGCUAGAUCAAACGAUCGAACUUCUGCAUUCAUUUGUCAAGGGCGAAACAGUUGAUUUGAAUUUACGCCGCUUAGUCUUGAAUUCUCUGACGUCCUGCUUCAAGUACGAUCAGGAAGAAUAUUGGAAAUCCACUUCCAGAUUCGAAGUGAUAUCAGAAGCUUUGAUUGCGCAAUUGAGUAAUAUCGAGGACUCAGUCGCGAAGUAUCUUGUCAAAGCCAUAAGUUCACUGGCUGUUAGUAACGCUGGAGCAGAGGAUCAUAACAAGAUAAUGAACACAUUGUUAAUGUCGCACAUGAAGGCUUCAUGUAGGAGCAAGGAAAAGCUAUGGGCUAGUAGAUCCAUUAAGGCGAUUUAUUCCAAAGUGGGUGAGAACUGGCUGGCUCUGCUUCCUCAGUUAGUUCCCAUCAUCGCUGAAUUACUGGAAGACGAUAAUGACGAAGUCGAAUAUGAAGUACGCACUGGUUUGGUCAAAGUUGUCGAAAACGUUCUGGGCGAGCCAUUUGAUAGGUAUUUGGACUAA